UUACGGGAAGUCGUAGGGGAAAAUCAGCUGGAAUCCGCGGAAAUCAACAACACAAUUUUCCUUUACUUAGCUAGCAAUAUCCAUCUGUCACCCUCUGUUUCUCCUUUCUUUGCCUGCUGUUGGGUCCAAACGCCACAGUGGGGAUGUCGGAGUCGUACGAUUUCCUGUUUAAGUUUCUGGUGAUUGGGAACGCUGGAACAGGCAAAUCUUGCCUGCUGCACCAGUUCAUAGAGAAGAGAUUUAAGGAUGAGUCCAACCACACAAUCGGAGUAGAGUUUGGAUCAAAGAUCAUCAGUGUGGUCAAUAAAAUGGUCAAACUGCAGAUAUGGGACACUGCAGGACAAGAACGUUUCCGGUCUGUGACCAGAAGUUACUACAGAGGAGCAGCAGGAGCCCUGCUCGUCUAUGAUAUCACCAGUCGAGAAACAUACAACGCCCUGACCACGUGGCUGAGUGAUGCCAGGAUGUUGGCCAGUCAGAACAUCGUCAUCAUCCUGUGUGGGAACAAGAAGGACUUGGACGCAGACAGGGAAGUCACAUUCUUGGAGGCUUCACGCUUUGCUCAGGAGAACGAGUUGAUGUUUCUGGAGACCAGUGCUCUAACUGGUGAGAACGUUGAAGAGGCCUUUGUCCAAUGUGCUCGGAAAAUCCUCAACAAGAUAGAAUCAGGGGAGCUGGAUCCAGAGAGGAUGGGGUCAGGUAUUCAAUACGGCGAUGCUGCAUUACGACAGCUCCGUUCUCCUCGUCGUGCUCAGCCUCAGGGCACUCAGGAGUGCGGCUGCUAGUGCACGUGCCCAGAAACAUACACUGAAAAGUGUGUUGCAGACAGGUUUAUGAAGACCAGGAGAAGAACAGCCAUGGGGGCCCAAACUGUGUUGGGUUCAGGUUGCUACGCUAGUGACUGCUUCCUGACCUUUGAUCUUCGACCUUCGCACGGAACCUUCAGAACCUUUUGAACCUUUGUUGUUAUGGCUGCACCUGCAGAAAGCCGAAAAGACUCCCUAGCCACGCCCCCCUGUCAGAGCAUCUCCAAGGUAACUAGAGACCACCCACCAUCCAACAGCCUGCGCCACGAUCGGACCAAAUCCACUCCGAGCACCUCAAUCAGGACGUGAAAUACUGACGUGAAGAACACAUCUCCCCGACAUAUCGGCUCUCUAAGUUAGAUCAGCCGGACGGAUGCUUUACUCUGCUGUGAUUGGUUGUUUCGCUGUCAGUUAACUGAUGAUGUUGAAUGUUUUGAAGUGAUUUUCUGAUGAUGAGUAGCUUAAAUAUGCCUCAGCAGGUCUCUGAACCCACCUAUAAGAAACACUUUAUAGAAAUUCUGAAAACUGAUUGCGCAAAUUGAUGCCAUUACAAAGCUUACAUUGUCUAAACAACAUUAUCAGUAUAGCUGAAAUAAAAAGCAGCAAAUUCACACAUUUACAAAACUAGAACCAAGACUAUUUUGUACCUUUUACAUGAAAAUCUAGAGCGAAAGUGCAGACCUUUUCUAGACCAAUAGUCUACAUUUCUUCUCACUCCACAAUGUGGCUAAACCAUAAACAAAAUGGAAAUUAUGACCUAUGUUUUCUUCCUUUUUUGUCACUUACUCAGUAUAGACCAAAGAUUCACAAUGAAAUGAGUGGACCAUUUGCAGCUAUUUGCAAAGGUCUGCAUCAUACUGAAACCUGCAGGUUCAGACCAUCAUCAUCAUGACAUCAUGCUGUUUUUUUGUAGCUUCUUUGCUGCAGGGCAUAAUUUGCAGCAUCUUAAAAUACGAAUGAGGACCAUGAUAGUGGAUUACUUACUGCAUAUACAUUUCUGUUCUUGAUGAAAUGGUCCACACCCAACACUUUCCAUAAAGUUUCAUGAAAAUCAGUGCAGUAGUUUUACAUUUGAUGUUAAUCAUAAUAGCUUUUUUUUUAAGUAGCCAUAUCUGACUGCUGAUUUGUAUAUCUCAAUGGCUAAAGCUACAUAGUGAUUAAAUACAGGUGACAACCAAUCACAGCAUCAGAUCCCUCCAGCUGAGCCUUGAAUACAGACCAUAUCCCUACUUUUUUCAUACUACAGUGCUUGCUAACUUAAACAUCUACUUAUUUCCUCCUUGCCCUCUCUCUCUUUAGUUUCUCUUAUUGCAUAUUCACAUAUUUAAAGCCUCUAGAAAUCUGGCUGGAAGUAGUAAAUUAAAGUUCCCCUUUAUUGUCCCCUUUGGAUAAUUCUUUCUCUGCAUUCAAUCCAUUGUGGUACAUAUGGAGCAGUAGGCAGCCACUGUGCGGCGCCAGGGGACCAACUGCAGAUCUAAGUCAGUGCCUUUGUCUAGAGCGCUGGUAGGAGAACUAACCUAGCAUACAUGUUUUUGAUGGUGGAGAAACACAGGGAGAACAGCCCAACUCCACACAGAAAGGCCAUGUUCUGACCCAAAACUGAACUGAUUAGGCAUCCACAAGAAUCUGACUGAAAUUAAACAUUAACAGAUCAAAUCUGCUGGAGUUUUUAACCUGGUGUAAGGGUUACUUUUUCCCUUCUCCAUGCACCUUGGGAAUUGGUAAAGCUGUGCCAGAACCAUCUACGUUAUCUCUGAAAAUGAACAUUAGUAACUUAGUCCAAAACAGCUCAUUCUGCUGUUGGAAACAUUUCUCAAAACUAUGCACAAAAUAUUUUGAUUGACAUCCUGUUAGCUACACAAUCCCUAAAUUAGAAGAUAUUAAAUAUAAUCUAAUAAUGUGCUAUUAGUCACUUGCAUGUAAUGAAUAUCUUAACUGCAGCUAUUGCAACUUACAUCUUCAAUCUCUGUUUUUUGAGCGAGUCCAUAAGUCUUUAUUUAGGUGACAUUAGUUAUUUGUGGGACAACAAAUAGGAUUAAUUUAUGAGUACUUCAUACACUUAAUUGUGUAAUAAAUAUUUUGCUCUAACUAUCACCAGAGAUCUUAUACAAAUCGAAAUUACAGAAUUCUAAAUUAUGAUUGAAACUCACUUCUAAUACUUUCUGAUGUUUGAUAUUAGGUUUCUCUCUGACUGAAGUGCCCCUGGGACAAGCUGUUGCCAAAAGCGUAGUUUAUCAUGUUGAUUAACACUGUCUUAUCUGGACCUGCCGAGGGUCUCACUCCCUUCCAUCAUUUACAGCCCGUUUUCCUUCAUCUCUGUUACCUUUCCUCACAUCUGCCUUCCUGUCUGUCUUCUGGCUUUUCUCUCUCUACGCAGCUCUGUCUUUAAAAAUCUAUCUCCUGUUCCCCUGCAGCAUCUUCCACACUGUACAGUAUUUCUGUAUAUAGAGAUUAAAGCAUGUUUUCUCAAGCAAAUAUAAGAGUAUUUCAUGAAGAGAUAUAUGUAUAUUAAAGUAGAUAUCAUAUUCUGCAUCUGUUUCAUCGUCCACUGAAUUAUUAUUAUCAUUAUCAUUAUCAUUAUUAUUAUUAUUAUUAUUAUUAUUAUUAUGAUAAGCUAAAGUACACUGGCAAUUUGUAAGCAGUAUUGAUGCUGUUUGCAGACAUCGUGUUCCUUUGUAAAUGGACAUGUUGAGAAUUACAUAAUGGACUAUGGAAAAGGCUGUUUAUCAGUUCAGUGUCAUUGGUUGAAAUAACACACCUAGCUUGGGUGUAAUAUUCAGAACAGUUGCUGGACUUCAUGUCGAUUUACAAAGACACUUUCAGCAUCCAUGAGCUAAAUGACCAUGUAACACACUUCCUUGUCCAAAAGACUUACAUGAUGUCUGAUGUCUGUCACCUGUAAAUGUUGCCUGUUUACAUGAAAACCUGACUGACUGCUGCAGCUGUAGGUAAAACUAACUGAAGCAUUUACGUAUGAAGCUGUCUCAUGUGUGCUUGAGUCAUUUUGUCUCCAAAGAUACUGUACAUCUCCUUAUUUAAACAUCUGAAACACAGUUUUUUUUAUUGAUAUAUUCUUGUUGAAAGCACUAUUUUUUUUCCUUUUUUAUCCAGUUACAUUCAGCACUCAUUUAUUUUUACAAUUGUUUAACAUUAUCAUCUUUUAUGAUUUUGCGAAGUACAUGUUAAAAUCAAGCACACACUGAACUAUACUGGCUGCUCCACUCCAGGUCACUGUCUUGUGUUUAUAUCAUCUUGUCCAUUGUUUAUAUUUAUGGUUGUCUGUUUGUCUCAUCAUUUAUGAUUUGUAAUUUAUUGUGUAUGAUAAAAGGGUAUGUUUUUAAAAUAAAGACACUACAAAUCAAGAA